AUGCCCAUCACGCUCGUGUUCGUGCUGACGCUGCUGAGCUUCUCGCUGGCCUCGGGCGUCAGCGGCCUGGGCAAGUCCGUGCGCUGGCACCGCGUGCUGCCCGUGGCGGUCUGGCGACUCGUGGGCUGGCUCAGCGCCGUGCUGAGGGCGGACUUUGAGGCGCUCGAGAAGAAGACGGCGCGGGCGGCCAUGCUGAGGGAUCUCGGGGAGAUGAAGGUCCCGCGCCACAUCGCGGUCAUCAUGGACGGCAACCGGCGCUACGGCAAGAACAAGUACGGCGCCGGGGUCCGGGGCCACUCGGACGGCAGCAGGACGCUCGUGAACUUUACGGACUGGUGCAUCGACGCCGGCGUCAAGGCUCUCACGGUGUUUGCGUUCUCGACGGGUGUGUUGGAGAACUGGAACCGAGAGCAGUCGGAGGUGGACGCGCUGAUGAACCUGUUCAACCAGUUCAUGCACGAGAUUGUGCCCGAGGCGCUGAAGAGAGAUAUUCGGGUGCGCGUGCUGGUCUCGGACGGACGGAAGCUACCGGCGUACAUUGUCGAGGCGAUUGAAGACAUCGAGGGCAAGACGCAGCACUGCACCAGGUUUAGCCUCAACAUCUGCGUCAGGUACGGUGUUGUCUACGGAGCUCGUGACGAGAUCGUGGGCGCCUGCAAGAAGAUCGCGAAGGAGGUUGCGAACGGAGAGACGUCCGUUGAAGAGAUCAACGAGGAACUUCUCAGCCAGCGCAUGCUCACAGCUGGUCUGCCGGACCCGGACGUCCUCAUCCGCACGUCAGGCGAGCUGCGCAUCAGCAACUUUCUGCUCUACCAGAUCGCGUACUCGGAGCUGAUCUUCAUGGACAAAAUGUGGCCCGAGGUCACGCGAGAGGACCUGCAGGGCAUCAUCGUCGAGUUCAACCGCCGCAAGCGCCGCUUUGGCAAAUAG